AUGCCGCAGGCGGAAGUUGAGGCACACAACACGAAGGACUCGUGCUGGGUCACUAUUGGGGAGCGGAUAUUCGAUGUAACCGACUUUGUUGAAGACCAUCCCGGCGGUGGUGAGUUGAUCCUCGAAUAUGCCGGCAAAGACGUGAAGCAAAUCAUGGAGGAUGAAGUCUCCCACUUCCACACCGACACUGCAUACGAGAUACUCGAGGAGAGCCUUAUCGGAUUCCUGCCGACCGAGCCUGUUCUCAAGGCCGCAACGGCCUCUCCUCAUCCCGAUGAGGUGGUUCCCUUACCCGCGACAGCCAACGGAAAUGCUGAAUUGAAGAAGCAAGGAGUACAAACGGAAGGCCUGCCAACAAGAGAAGUGUUUGAGACCACCGGAAUGUCCUGCGCGGAAGACCUCUCGAAAGACACAGACCUUGAUAAGGACUGGAAGCAGCACAAAUUCUUGGACCUGAACAGGCCGCUGUUCCCCCAGAUGCUGUUCAGCAAAUUCUCCAAGGAGUUCUACCUAGAACAGAUCCACCGACCUCGACACUACCGUGGAGGUGAUUCUGCUCCGUUGUUUGGCAACUUUCUUGAGCCACUCAGCAAGACGGCGUGGUAUGUUGUGCCAACGCUCUGGCUCCCGCCGGUGUUUUACGGCUCGUAUCUCGGUCUUACACAUCUACCUCUCUCCCAGGGCCCUGCCUACUGGGCCCUCGGACUCUUCCUCUGGACCUUGGUCGAAUAUCUCCUGCACCGCUUCCUCUUCCAUAUCGACUACUACCUGCCUAAUCACCCUGUCUUCCUGACGCUCCACUUCCUCCUGCAUGGCAUCCAUCACUACCUACCCAUGGACAAAUACAGACUCGUUAUGCCUCCUACGCUUUUCCUCAUUCUAGCGACGCCAUUCUACAAACUCGCGCACGCCGUCUUCUGGUAUAAUUGGUACGUUGCCAUCACCGUCUUCUCCGGCGGCAUCUUCGGCUAUGUAUGCUACGACUGCACGCAUUACUGGCUCCAUCACCACCAAUUGCCCGCUUAUGUGCGCGAUUUGAAGAAGUACCAUCUCGCCCACCACUACCAGAACUUUGAACUCGGGUUUGGCGUGACUUCCAAGUUUUGGGACUAUGUAUGGGGCACACAACUCGAAUACUCCAAACCCAUCAAAUCCUCCUAA